AUGCCAAGUUGGAAGGGGCCCCAAGGAUCAUUUGGUCAUCUUUCAGCUGAGACCAGGCUAGAUGGGGAGGCAAUCCUUGACGUGCUUGGCAGAACCUGGAUUUUUCAACCCUUUGACAAUCCCCACAUUUGGUAACACUCAGAUCCUAUGGCUUCCCAUUUCUUCUCACUGGCUGACCUUCUACAUGAUGAGGCUGAUGAAUACGAGUACUACGAUGAGUACACACAAGCAGAGCAGGACCCCUUCCCCCAGCAGCACCCCUCUGAGGACCCUGACUGGUUUGAGGAAUUUUUUGGCUACAGUGAUACUGGAAAAGCAGACCCCUGCUCCUCCAGCCCCUGCAAGAACAACGGUGGGUGUGAAAAGAGAGGAAGCAGCUUCUCCUGUCUCUGCCCUGAGCCGUAUGCUGGGACUACAUGCGAGAAAGUGAAAGACAUGUGUCAGAAGGAGAGGUGCCAUGGGGGAGACUGCUUGAUUACAUUAACCCCACCAUAUUUUCAGUGCAGCUGCAACCACCCCUACAAGGGACCCAACUGCAAGCGAGCAUCUUCCCCGUGCAGGCCGAACCCUUGCAAAAAUGGAGGUGUCUGCCUACGGCACAGAGUCAGAUCCAAAUUCACCUGCAAGUGCCCUGAAGCUUUCAGAGGGAGAUUCUGUGAGAUUGGACUGGACGACUGUUAUGAAGAAGCCUCCUCUGAGUACAGAGGAAGAGUGAACCAAGCAGCAAAUGGCAAGACCUGCCUGCACUGGAAUUCCCGUGCCCUCCUGGGCUUCCCUAUUAAUGCCUUCAUGGAGGAUGCUGAGUCCUAUGGCAUCGGUGAACACAACUUCUGCAGGAAUCCUGAUGAGGAUGAAAAACCCUGGUGUUACAUCAGAAAAAAUCAUGAAGUGGAAUGGGACUUCUGUGAGGUUUCACCCUGCUCAGGAACAGCUGAAGAGAGCCAAUGGCCAACAGACAGCCUAACAGACCCACCUGGACCAAAUGAAAGUUUCAAAACAUGUGGACAACCAGAAAUUCAAAGCACAUUCAAGAGGAUCUAUGGUGGAGCUAAGACUAGAGCUGGCAAACAUCCUUGGAUGGUAUCUCUGCAGACCAAGACCUCAAAAAGAAGUGAACAUUUCUGUGGUGGAGUGCUAAUCGAAGCAUGCUGGGUUCUUACUGCUGGGCACUGCAUUGAACAACCAGCAGAAAAUCUCCAAGUAGCCCUUGGAAAGCAAGACCUCAAGAAGAGAGAGCAUCAAGAGCAAAUAUUUGAUGUGGAGAAGAUCAUUGUGCAUAGCAAAUACAGAGAGAAGAAUGGUAUCCCACACAACGAUAUUGCACUACUUAAAUUGAAGCCAGUCGAUGGUCACUGCGCAGUGGAAACCAAGUAUGUGAAAACUGCGUGUCUGCCUAACUUCUACUUUCCCAUGGGGACCGACUGCUUCAUCUCUGGAUGGGGCAUAACAGAGACAGGUAUUUUAUCUCGUCAGCUCUUGGAUGCCAAUGUGAAGCUCAUUGCGCAGAGGAAAUGCAAUGCACCCAAGGCAUAUGAUCAGUUGCUGGAUGAAGGCAUGUUUUGUGCAGGGACUCUUCAGAGACCCAGAGCUGAUUCCUGUCAGGGAGACUCUGGAGGCCCACUAACUUGUGUAGAGAAUGGCUCCUACUACGUCUAUGGCCUCGUGAGCUGGGGUGAUGGGUGUGGGCUAAAAAGCAAGCCAGGAGUUUAUACCCAUGUGACAACAUUUCUCAGCUGGAUUAGAUCCAAAAUUCGGUCUGAGGUGGCAAUAAUCCAGGAACAUGAAAAAGCUCCAAAGAUUAUAAGUGUGGAAUAA